UCUAAAACAAAAUCAAGAGACCUUCUCGUGGCAUGUAAACAAACUUUACAGAGAAACUUCAAAGGAAGGAACAAAUCGGAGCUCGGGGUUAACCCUUCGAAAUUAAAAUAUGACGCAAUUAAAUAAUUAUCGGAGCAGGAUACAUAAUUACUUGUAUUUAUGUCUUUUGUUCUUAUAUUUGUCAUUUACUGGCGCAGAAGAUUAUCAGAAAAAGGAAAGGAGAGCUGAAUGGACUCCAAUUUCGUUAAAAGUAGAAACAGUUAAUACCGACAUGUGUACUGUAGAUAAAAAAAUGAGUGUAAAAUAUGGUGAAAAAGCAAUAGAAUGCGGGAAAAAUUAUAAUAUCAGUAAAUUUACAUACCCGCCGAGUGUCGUGCUUGAUCGAGCUAACGUGAAUCAGUAUUACACAAUGAUUAUGUUAGAUCCCGACGCCCCAAGCCGCGAUAAUCCAACUCAACGAAGUUGGCUGCACUGGUUAGUUGUUAACAUUCAGGACGCAGACAUAGAAAACAGUUUCACCGCAGUUGAAUAUAAUCCGCCCACGCCACCAGCAGGAUCUGGAAAGCAUCGUUAUAUAUUCCUGCUGUUAAAGCAGUUCGAAAAGCAAAAAGAAUACAUACCAAUAACCGAGAGAGGAAACUUUGAUUUAGAUGACUACGCUAACGAAUAUAAACUAACAAGCCUAUCUGGUUUUACAUUUUUCACAACAGAAAAAGAUAAUAAUUAAGCCUUCGAAUAUGCAAAGACAACCCCUCAUUUUCUGUUAGAUCUAUGCGCUAAAUUUCUCUUUAAAUUUUUUAGUGUAAUUAGUUUCCAUUAACAAUAAUGGUAAAAUAUUGCUGAAAUUUUUA